AGAGAGACAGACAAUACGAUUCCACAAAAUUAUCCCGCUCCUCCGUCACUCAAGCGCAGCUUUAUUAGGAGGUCGUGGUUUUAAUCUCACCUCUUAUAGUAUUCGUCAAACUGGGCUCGACAACACCGGAAGAAAAAGAGAGGAAGAGAGAGGACCGGAAUUUUUCUACCUGCGUUUUCGUCAGAGAGGCUCUCGUAACCCAUUUGAAUGACCCGAUGGAAAGGAUGAGCUGGACUGGAAAUGAGAAUGUUUUAUUCUAAAAGAAGACAAACAGAAUCACUGCGCUCACCUUGAGGGCUGUCUGCGGAGUAACUCCUGAAAAGGACACUAAAGGACUGAGUUCAAGUUUAAAAAAACAGAAAGAAACGAAAAAACUAUCGAUAUUGACAUAUUGCAGAGACAACAAAAAAGAAAUUAUUCGAAAAUGAUGCUGAGUCCAGAUCAACCUGGUGCCGACCUCCCUUGGGGCCAGUCCGACACUGAAUCGGUCCUCCACGACAUCAAAAUUGGCUGUGUCUCCGAUGAGCCGAUGGAUGGAGAGGGGAAGACGAGGACCCUCGUUCCACAGACUCUGAGCAGGGAAGAGAAGCGACGGAGGCGGCGUGCGACCGCAAAAUACCGCUCUGCUCACGCUACCCGCGAGCGCAUCCGCGUCGAAGCCUUCAAUGUGGCCUUCGCCGAACUGAGGAAGUUGCUGCCGACCCUUCCGCCUGACAAGAAGCUUUCCAAAAUCGAAAUUCUUAGGCUUGCCAUUUGCUACAUCUCCUAUCUCAACCACGUUUUGGACGUUUAGAGAACCAAUAUUAUUUUUCUGUCAAAGGCAAUCUUACAGCGAAUAAGAGAAUGUUUUAAUGGAGAAAGGGGAAACGUGGAAUACCCAGGAAAACAUAAUUAGGCUUCGCUAUUUUACCGAUAUUAGGCUAUCAUAACAUACUUUACAAGCCGAAGACUGGAUGGUUAAGAGGACGGAAAGUGUAAGUCUCGAAAGUAAUUAACACAAACAUCUAACCGGUGUUUUCAGGGAGUUUAACUCCUUCAGUGUUCCGCAGUUGUAACUCAAAUCCGAUAACAACAUCGUUGUGCUGUGCAACAGCUGUCCUAAUCUCUUUGAGCCGUGAAACUAAAAAAAGAAAGAAACAAGAACGCAAUAAUUUUCUAAAGUAGACUAGCUUUCUGAUGGUGAAAUCACAGUGGUAUUUAACAACAGUCCACAUAUUGCUUUAGAUAUUUUGUAGGGAAUAAACCUUCGUUGAAAUAUGUCUGGUAACGGUGAACGCAACUUUUAAAGUGAUUUUAGUCAACGAAAGCAUUCAUGAAUAAGAAUAGACCAACGUUAAAUUAACAAUAGCUGCUUAAUGAUAUGUGGCGAAGGAUAAAGGGAGAAUAAGUAAAUUAUGUAUAAGUGCCACUUAUUAAGAGACAUUAAAUUGUGACCUUAAGCGUUUAUUUAUUGAUUUGUUAAUUUAUUUGACAAUAUUGAAGUUAUUUAAUUUAUUUGCCUAUAUUUAUCUUUAGCCAACAUAGUCUUUUUAUAAAUCAAUGUCCGCUGUUUACGUAUACACGUAUGUAUAUUUAUUCAUGUAUAAUUAUUUAUACUUUAGACUGUGGUGUUGGACUAUGAGUGAUGUUGCUCUUCAAUUGCACUUUUCAGUGAUAUUUUUCUGUUGUAAGUAUUUUGUAAAUGGAAUUGUAUGUCAAAAACUUAUUGAUUGUUAUCGUUUUUGUUUAAAAUGUAUUGUAUGUCUGGCAACGAUAAGCACUUCAACUUAGGUGUCUUGUAUGAACUUUCUUUGUAGUUUCCUGUGUGUUGAGGGGAUGGUUGUUUGGAAUUGAAAUUAAUUGCUGUGAAGGACCAGUAUUUUAAAUUUAAAUACACUAGGCUAAUUUUUGGAAAUCAAGACAUUGGAUGAGACAGCAAUAACGUGGCUGCACACAAUAUUUCAAAAUUUAUACACAUAACUAUGCUGAGAUGAUUAUCUACACAAGAACUGUUAUGUGCUUCAACAACGCUGUGUCCUUUAGCUAUUCAGGAUGCCGCUUUAAGGUUCUAAGCAACAUCCCCUGUGCUGCAACCAAAAAUUAUUUCAACUUACUUAGUCAACGUAAUUUUUAUAUAGAUUUAUUUUCAUGCCUUUAUUAGAUAUACUUUAUUUAUGUAUUCGUCUCUGCUUUUAACUUAACACAAUAACUGAUUUUUAUAGUGAAGGAAAAAUACAUAUCCGCUAUCCAAAGAUUUCCUGUCUUUUCAGGGUUUUAUCGUGUCUUCGUUGCUUUAUAGCACAUAUUUUGUAGUGGAGUAGUUAUAAUAAGCUGGUUUCUAACGAACGCAGUUUUUUCAUAUUUUAAUAGUGAGUUGUUUCCCAAAAUAAAUAUUUUAAAAAAUCA